AUGUUGUUGCGUUUGAAGUUGCCGAAUAUCCAAUCUCGAAAUACAGAAUUAUACAAACAAGAAAAGUUUAAAGAUGAGAUAGACAAGGGAAAAAUAAACAACGAAGAAAGGAGAGGAGAAUUAGCAGCUGCUUUAAUUACAAAAUUAGCUAAUAUUACAUUCAUUGGACGCUCCACCCUCAUCAGAAGGAUCUCCAUCAGAAAACCCAAGAACAUAAGCAUCCCCUUCAUCUUCAUCACUCUCCAUACCUUCCCUAUUAUCCCUUCUUUCGAUAUAAACUCGUGCUUGCCUUCUGUGCAGCCAACACAAGCACAUACCUCAACUGCAAGCACGUACCUCGUGAGCAUUUUCAGGAAGAGCCCUAACAUCAUCAGACGAGGGGGACCAUAUUUUAACGCUCUUCUCAAGUCCACACGUAGCAAAAACCGGAAUCAUAGGGUGCGGUUCAAGCUGGUUCACGAUAUGCCGGUCACCGACCAUCAUUCGAACGAGCUCUCCUCCUUUCUUCUUCCACACAAAUAUAUUCCCGCAGUCAGAGCCACUCAUAACAUACUCGUCAUUCGGGCCAAAGAAACUCACCCCCUUCACUGUCUGCGAGUUCCUGUGGCCCGAAUAAACCUGACUAUAACUCGGGCCCUGCAAAUUCCCAGUCAAAGAGGUCAAAACCCCCGGGCCCACGCUAGGCCCAUUCUCAAACAAGUAGAUGAGCUCAUCAUUCUCGCCUGCACCGGAAUAGGCGAGGGCCGUGAUGUGGGCUUCGUGGGUGCCGAUGAGGUGGCGAGGGCAGAAAACGUCCAUUGGGAUUCCCAGUUUUGCCUGUGA